CCGCCUAUAUAUAGCCUCCCCAUUUUCUUGAUUUUUUCAUUUUCAUCGCUGCCACAGAAGCUCUCUCUGUGUGUGAGAGAGAGAGAGAGGGGAGAAAAAGUGAGCUUUGGCAUUGGAUUCGUCGUCUUUCUCCACAGUCGAGAGGUUAUAAGACAUGGCUGACGCAGAGGAAAUUCAGCCUCUUGUUUGUGACAAUGGAACUGGAAUGGUCAAGGCUGGAUUUGCUGGUGAUGAUGCCCCCCGAGCAGUGUUCCCCAGUAUUGUUGGCCGACCUCGACACACUGGUGUCAUGGUUGGCAUGGGUCAGAAGGAUGCUUAUGUUGGAGAUGAAGCUCAGUCAAAAAGAGGUAUCCUCACUUUGAAAUACCCGAUCGAGCAUGGCAUCGUCAGCAAUUGGGAUGACAUGGAGAAGAUCUGGCAUCAUACGUUCUAUAAUGAACUACGUGUUGCCCCUGAAGAGCACCCAGUACUUCUUACUGAAGCACCACUCAACCCAAAGGCAAACAGGGAGAAGAUGACCCAGAUAAUGUUUGAGACCUUCAACGUUCCCGCUAUGUACGUUGCUAUCCAGGCAGUUCUGUCUCUUUAUGCCAGUGGUCGAACAACAGGUAUCGUCCUGGACUCUGGUGAUGGUGUUAGCCACACAGUGCCAAUAUACGAAGGUUAUGCCCUCCCCCAUGCGAUCCUCCGGUUGGAUCUUGCUGGUCGUGAUCUAACGGAUGCAUUAAUGAAGAUCCUCACCGAGCGAGGGUACUCCUUCACAACAACUGCUGAACGGGAAAUUGUCCGUGACAUAAAGGAGAAACUUGCAUAUAUUGCCCUUGAUUAUGACCAGGAAUUGGAAACUGCCAAGAGCAGUUCUACAGUGGAGAAAAGCUACGAAUUGCCAGACGGGCAAGUAAUCACUAUUGGAGCAGAGAGAUUCCGCUGCCCUGAAGUGCUCUUCCAGCCAUCACUCAUUGGAAUGGAAGCUGCAGGGAUCCAUGAGACCACCUACAACUCCAUCAUGAAGUGUGAUGUUGAUAUCAGAAAGGAUCUAUAUGGGAACAUCGUUCUUAGUGGUGGAUCAACCAUGUUCCCCGGCAUUGCUGACCGGAUGAGCAAGGAAAUCACCGCCCUUGCUCCUAGCAGCAUGAAGAUCAAAGUGGUGGCACCACCCGAGAGAAAGUACAGUGUCUGGAUCGGAGGCUCAAUCCUCGCAUCUCUCAGCACCUUCCAGCAGAUGUGGAUAUCCAAGGGUGAAUACGAUGAAUCUGGUCCUGCUAUUGUCCACCGGAAGUGCUUCUGAGCCGGGUCAGGGAUUGUUGGUAAGCUCUCGCUGUCUUCAUCUUGCAGGGUCCUGUGUGGAUUGUGUCAUAUUCAAGUUUGGUCGGGUUUUGAAGCUUGGGAUGUCAAUAGAGAUGCUUGUGUCGAAAGUUUGGGCUAUCAGAAGAUGCAGUUCCAAGUAGUUCAUAGCAGCCUUACCCAUUACUGGGAAAUGGGUUGGCUGGCUGGAGAUGAUUCAUCUUUACUGAGUUUGCAAGUUUACGUUUCACCAUGUCUGAAGCAUGAGUUUUUAGGGCCUUGUCUUGGGAGAGAAGGCAAGUUUUAGAACACCCCCCCCCCCCCCCUUCCAUUUGAGAGUUAGGGUCUUCUUGUUGAUAUGUACUGUAUGAAUUUUUUACUUUGAUGUCGCUUCUCCAUCAGUUAAUGUAUCAUUGAGUUACCUUUCUAUGCUUAGGAUAUUGAGAUUUUUCAUUCUCUACCUCUGUCUAUUACCCUAUAUUUGGACUGAGGAUUUAUGGAAGAAAAGAGGAAUUAAAAUGUUCUUAUUUCAAGGGUUA